UUAAGAAUCUCUUUCACACCCCCUCCCCCCCAAAAUGAAAGCAAUGAAAAAGAAGCAAUAUUUGAAAAAGUGUAGUGAACUUUUUUUGUUAUUCCCAUCAAAAUAAUCAAACUCCCAAAUAUUUUUAUUUGUUUCAAUGUUACAUCUGAAAAUUUCGCUGAGUUUUGAAAAAUAGAUAGAACUUGUAAUGCGAAGAUGAUUUUGUGCAAAACUGUUUUUCUUUUACUGUGUAUUUUAUAAGAUUAUCAUAAAGUAAAAAGUAAACAAAUCAAUUUGUUUGCUAGCACUUCCAAUAUUAAUAUUUGGUUCUCCUACAAAAUUAAAAGAUUUCAUCAUAUAAAUUAUGUUGUUUCAAAAUGUGUUUACUUAGGUGCUCUCCCGAGGUGUACAAGGCAUGCAUGCUGCGAUUUUUGUGUUUGAUAAUAUGUUUAUGUUAGAAUCGCUAUAACCAUCACUUUCCGUCUUUAGAAAUAUAUCACUGUUAGUUUGACUUCUGCUGCUUAUAGCCUUUUAUGAAAAUUAAUUUGACAUCUAAUUAUAUAAUUUCUAAAUUUGUCAAUAUCUGAAAUUUAGAAACCUAAUUAUUUCACUCCAGUUGAGAACAAUAUUUGUUGUAGUAAUCAGAUGUGUGUGUGUGUUUAUUCUAAUACGUUCAUGUUAGAAUCGCUAUAACCAUCACCUUCCAAUUCUUUAGAAAUAUAUCACUGUUAAUUUGACGUCUGCUGCUUAUAGCUUUUUAUGAAAAUAAAUUUGCCAUCUAGUAAUAUAAUUUCUAAAUUUGUCAGUAUCUGAAAUUUAGAAAACUAAUUGUUUCACUCCAAAUGAGACCAAUAUUUGUUGAAGUAUUAGUAUGUAUGUUCAUUACCAAAAAUAUGAAGAUUUAAUUUCAGUGAAUUAAAUUUAUGACUGCCAUGUGUUUAUUUAAUUUCUAGGUAAAAGUAUGACUAGCAUUCUAAUGGAAAAUCCUAUAUGAAAUGAAGAACUGCUACCAACUGCACGAAGAAGCAGGCAGUGCAUCAAGUUUUUUUUCUUUGUGUGUGUGUGUAUGUGUGUAAUUAAUUAUGCUUGAUUAAUGCUAUUUUUAGAAUUCUAAUAUAAAUUGCAAGUUUGUAGGGCAUUGAUAAUAACAUCAUGUAUUUAGACCAAUUUGAAAGCCAAAUUAUCUGUGCAGAAGAUAUUUUUAAUAUCAAAUAUCUCUAAAAAUAAACUAACAUUAAACUCUAAAAAUGCAUGUUUUUGUGUCUGCAUUAUCCAGUUUCUAAUAUUUUUUUUUUAUUUGUAAAUUUUGUAAGGAAUGUUGUGGCUGCUAUAUUGUUACUAUUAGGAAUUUGAUUUUUUAAAUAACAUUAUGGCUGAAAAGUCAAAUAAGCCAUCUAAUGUCUGGGGGAAACCUGUGCCUAUGAAACUCUUUGCAGCUUGGGAAGUGGAUAGAACUCCUCCAAACUGCAUCCCCAGGCUGUGCACAUUAAAUCUAACUAGACUUGUUCUUUUAAAACCUGUUGGGGGAGAUAUGAAUUCUGUUAUUAUAGCUGUAAAAAUGCAGAGUUCCAAAAGAACAUUACGUUCAAAUGAAAUAAUGGUUCUUAAUAAUGGCCUUAUUGAUACAGAACUCGAUCUCACUUUCUCUUUACAGUACCCUCAUUUUUUAAAACGCAGUAGAAAUAAUUUACAAAUAAUGCUUCAGAGAAGAAAGCGGUAUAAAAACAGGGCUAUGCUAGGAUUCAAAACCUUAGCUGGUGGAGUAAUAAAUAUGGCUGAAGUUCUUCAAAGGCCAAUGGAUAAGGAAUUAGAACUACAUUCAAAUAACAAAGAAAAAAGUGAAGUUAUUGCAAAAGUAUUGAUGUAUGCCAUUUCUAGUCAACCAGUAGACCACGAAGAUGCUGACCGGCAAAAGUCAUUGCGAGGUAUUGAAAGAGUUGUUGAAGUGGAUAAUUUUUCAGAUGAGGAGGAAGAAUAUACAUCAAAUGAGGAUGGUUGUGAUAGUGAACCAGUUGCUGAAGAUGCAGCGACUGUGGGAGAACGUCAUAUUCAUAAAUCUUUGAAUCAAAAGAUUUUUCAGUCAGGCGUAGAGCGUCCUGACCCUGCUGAACGAAAUAUAAAGCAAAAAAUUAUUGCCUUGCUUAAGAAAUUCAGAAUUCCUGAGGCUGAAGUGUCUGAUUCGGAACAGCUGCAAGAAGAACUGGAACAGGAGCUUAUUUCCCAAAAUCCCCAAGAAUUUGAAGAUCUUAUUGAUGAACUUGAAAGUAUGAGUGAUAGUGGUCCAGAUGUUGAUGAUAUUAGCAUAACAUCAACUCCAAAGCCUAGUUUACGACCAUUCUUUUCUUCUGGUACUUUAACAGCAUUAGAUAAGUCAAAUAUGCCUUUGGUUAGUGAUGAUAGUUCGAGAAAAACUGAUGAAAAUCAUGAAAGUGGCACUGAUCAAGAGAAUACCGAUACUAGUCAAACUGCGAGUCCACCAAAAUCAUUAGCUAUGGAUGAUAAAAAAUCUUUCAUUCAGUCAGGUUUAGAAAAAGAAAAAAAGACUAGGUUAUUUAUGCGAGAAAAGAAUACAUCAAAGGACCGCUCAACUAGUUUUAAAGACAGUAAAGAUAAAUCGGUAUAUGAAAAAUCAAUAUCAAAAGAUUCAGAAUGUAGUCCCCAAAAAACUGUACUGGAACAGUUAGCUAGAAUAUUUCCUUCUGAUGAUUCCAUUCCAGAUCGUUUAAUAGUUAUCAGUGCUAUUGAUACAGUGGGAAACUCCUUAGCUGUGAACCUUUUAGAUAGAGAUUUAAAUAUUAUCACAGUCUUCUCUAAUUCAGAUUUAAGAGCAAUGUUUUCUUGUUUGAUGAACAAAAUACAAAAAUUUUGCAACUGCAAUUCUCGUGCUCCGCAGAGUAUAAAAGUAGGCAUUCUUGGUCAUGACAGUUUUUUUAGCUCUGUUUUACGUCUGUAUGUUGAGCAUUUUUCAGCCAAACCAUCUGAAUGGCAAACAUAUGUGAAAUUUUAUGUUGUUCCAUUAGCAUCUAGCUCUGUUGCAAAGCACUUAAGUAGUAUUGAUAACACUUAUGCUCUUAAAUUUAUUGAUAGCUCUUGGAAAGAUCUUUUAGAUCAUGGCAGUGAUGUAUCAACCACUCCUGAAAUACAUGUAGCUGUUGAUCGGAUAUUACAUUAUUUAAACAAUGCAUCAGCCUUAUGGCAGAUGGCUAUUGCUGAGGCAAUGGUAACUUACAAGGAAAAAAGCUCAGAUGAUGAGUCGUCUCAGGUUUUUAUACCUUUUAUCACAGAUGUGAAAAUUGGUAUGAUGGAAGGCAUAACUCAAACUACAUCUGUAGAUUCAGAGGAAAUGUCUUCCAAUUUAACUGUACCUGGUGGCUCACCUCCAUCUAACGUAACAGAAAAAGUUCCUCGUGAAAGCACUACACCUCCUAGUUCUCCUAGUAUUUCAAGUGCACUCCUUGGAAAUAGUCCCAAUGUACUUCCAAGCGCACCUGCUAUUGCUGAAACUAUGGAUUUACAACUUGAUUAUUGGACAUUAUCUCAAAAAACUGAUGCUGGCAAGAAAGGAGAAACUUCAAAGUUAAGUUUGAAAACUACUUUUCGCACUCUUCAAGUGUCACGUGUUAGCGGCUCUGUCGAAUCGGGAUCAUCAUCCCUUACUCUCACUUAUGUAACCAAAGAGAAGAAACAAAAAAUCAUGAGAUUAGGAAAGAAGAAAGAAAAAGAGAAAGAAUUGGAUAAUCGCUAUCAGCAAGUGGAUGGUAUUCACAGACUUAUAUGUUCUUGCCGAACAUUGCAAGCUCCACUUAAAGUAACUAUUGAUGGUGUUGAAUGGAGUGGAGUGAAAUUUUUUCAGCUUACUUCCCAAUGGCAAACUCAUAUAAAAUACUUUCCAGUGGCAUUAUAUUCUCUGCAGGAGCAUACAUGCUAAAAUUUCAUUGUAUUACUCGGUUUGCUUUUUAGUGCCAAGAGCAUGAACGUAAAAUAUGUAGUCCAAUGUGUCUUGCUGUGUGUGUUAUUAAAAUAUUUGUUCCUUAAACAUAAUGUUCAGUUUACAUAACAUUUUGUACAAAAUAUAUCUCUUACUUCAUUUGUUUCCACCCUUUAACUUAUUAAACAGAAAAUUUUCUUUUUGUGUUGUCAUACAGUUUAGGAGAUGCACUGUUACUGUAAUAGUCAUAAUAUUUGAAAAUUUUUCAACUGUUUUUGUCUAAAUAUUUUUAUGCUAAAUUUUCAUGAAUAUUGUAGCUUAUGGUGUUACAGAUUGUUGUUGUCUGUGAUAGAUGGCUGUAUUAAUGGCUGUGCUGCUUACUGGUCAUUUAAAUUUGACAUAUAAACUGUUUAAUACAUUGAAGUUUUGAAUAUCUUAAUUAUAAGGCUGUGCUGUAAUUUUACUAUUUUUGUAAGCUCAAUGAGCAUAUUUUGUCUAUUACACCCUGAAUAUUUUGUGAUGUUGCAUGCCUUUCUUGUUGCAUAUUUUUUUGUAUUUGAAUUUAAUAAUGUAAUGAAGAGAAAAAUAAUUGUAUUUUUCGUAAAAACGGCAUAUUGAAAUAUUAGUUGAAUUCAAAAUGUGGGUGUAAUAGUUGUUAAUUACAUUCAUCUAAAGUACUUGUGCCCUUCCUUUUUAAGUCUGGAGAUGUAUCUUAAAACAUGUUGAUGUUAUUCUUCCAUGUGUAAACCAUUUUGGUUUUUUGAUGUAGCCGUAUAAAUACUAGUCUGUCAGUGGUAUAUUAAAAUAUUAUAUGAUAUUCUGUAUUGUCUGACUGUAGAAUGCAGAUAUACAAUUUGUUUGAAAACUGAGAACAACGUAAAUACAUUUUGCUAUAUGUGUAGUGUUUUUCUGGAACUGUGUAUUUAAAGUUUUUAAUGAUUCAAAAGUAGGUAUUUGUGUUACAUUUGUAAUUAUGGUCACUUUAGGGGUGUAAGUAUGCAUUAAAAAUCAGUGAGAAUUGAGUUAGAUUAAAUUUUGUUAUUGUUAUGUUUCUUAUCUGCCUCUUAAAAAUAAUGGGUUUUUAAACAUUGAACUGCUACAUUAGCUGUGUCACUGAAGCUUUAUAAAUCAUGCUGUAGCAGAUGCAGCUAACAUAAUUUCCAAGGUUUUGCCUUUAAUUUAUCAAAGUGAAAAAUAAAGUUUAACCCUCUGAGUGGCACGGCCGUUUAGAUCUGCUUAUGAAGAGCUUAAAAUGGCAUUUAUUUGCUUAACUUUUACAAUAUAUUGUUUUAGUCAGUGUUCUCAUAAACUUGCUUUCACAAGAUAAUAUUUAUAUCAUUAAAGAAAAUACGAAAUCAUGAUGUUUUAAUUAGGUAAUAUGCACUGAAUGACAAAAAUUUUCAUGGCUGGAUAAAAGCAGUCAUGCCACUCAGGGAGUUAAUAAUUUGAAUGAUCAUGAAAUAUUUAAACACUGGGAACUGAAAAUUC